AUGUCGUCACCAAACGAUUAUACUGUUGGCUGGAUCUGUGCGCUUGUGGUUGAAGCCGUUGCCGCAACGGUCUUUCUAGAUGAGAGACUCAAGGGGCCAGCAACCCAGGAGAAGGACGACACGAACAACUACAAAUUUGGAAAGAUCAAUGAUCAUUAUGUGGUUAUCGCAACACUACCCAAGGGCGAGUACGGGAUUUCUGGGGCAGCUAGCGUAGCAAAAGACCUCACCCGCAGUUUUCCUAAUGUGCGCAUUGGCCUUAUGGUGGGAAUUGGUGGCGGGGCCCCAAGUUCGAAGAAUGACAUCCGCCUUGGCGAUGUCGUGGUCAGCAUUCCAGAGAAAGGACACACCGGCAUUUUUCAGUAUGACUUUGUGGAAUCGGAACAAGACAAGCCGUUCAAAUACACACGAACACUGGAUCAACCUCCUCAGUUGUUGCGUACAGCAGUAGGAUCACUCGAGGUGGACCAUGAAAUAGAUGGUAAUGGCAUCGAAGGCGCUAUUACUAAGGUUUUGGAACAGAACCCCAAUCUCAAGAAGAAAUAUGGACGACCAUCUGACGACACAGACAUCCUAUUCCAGCCUACAGUCGUCCACGUUGGAGGAGAGUCGUGUGAUGCUUGCAGCAUAGAUGAGGCCGAUGUUAUGGAUCGUGAGUUACGGCAAAAUGAUAGAACUUUGAUUCAUUACGGCACAAUCGCCUCGGCAAACACAUUGAUGAAGGAUGCCAUUUUGAGAAACAGUCUAGCGCUACAAAAUAACGUUUUGUGUUUCGAAAUGGAGGCCGCAGGACUGAUGAAUGGCUUCUGGUGUCUUGUUAUUCGUGGCAUCUGUGACUACUCAGACUCUCAUAAGAACAAAGCCUGGCGAGGUUAUGCAGCUAUGGCAGCAGCGGCAUAUGCAAAGCAAAUUGUUAAUAGUAUUCGGCCACCGCAAGUCGAAGAAGUACCAAGAUUAGGCAGAAUUGAAACACAAAUUCAUGAGAUCGCCCAAACAGCUCAAGACGUACGAUCACAUCAAGAGAAGGAAGUUGACCGCCAUAUCAUGAGUUGGCUUUCCUCGACAGACUUUGGAAAGCAGCAGACUGACAACUUGAGGAAGUGGCAACCAGGGACUGUUCAAUGGCUGCUCGAUUCCGCCGAGUAUCAGAGAUGGGUUCAAGAGAAAGGACAGAUACUCUUUUGCCCAGGCAUCCCAGGAGCUGGAAAGAGUGUCUCUGCAUCAGUCAUGGUCAAUGAUCUCACUCAGCGGUUCUCUAGUGACUCAAAUACUGGGAUUGUGUGUGUCUAUUGCAGCUACACACAGAAAGACAGUCAGAACACCAUCAACCUUUUGGGAGGUAUCCUAAAACAGCUUUGUCAACGUCGGGGCUCCGUUCCCCAAGUUGUGCAAGAUCUUUACAUCAGUCAUCAGAAUGAACAAACUGGGCCGCAGUACGAAGGAAUCAUGCAAGCUCUAAAGUCUCAUCUCAGAGACUACUCACAAGUCAUGGUCGUAGUUGACGCACUGGACGAGUGGCAACCUCCUCAGGACGAUCGAUUCAACUUCGUGGAUGAAUUGCUGCACAUACAUAGCGAGUGUCAAGUGAAUCUAUUUGUGACCUCGCGCUUCGUUCCAGCAAUCGAAGCCAAGUUCCAGGGAUAUCCGUGCUGCCAAAUCAGGGCCAAUCAGGACGAUAUUUACCGAUACAUUGAGGACUACAAUUGGCCAUUACUAAGUCUCAUUGGCAGGAGAUCAGACCUGCAGCAAGAGAUUAAAUCCUGUGUUUGUCAAGCUGCCAAUGGAAUGUUCCUCUUGGCUCAAUUCUAUCUGACCUCCCUAGAGGACAAGACCACAGCAAGAGAAGUAAAGGAUGCACUGAGAAUGUUCCAAAAUCGGGCUGAGCGUAAAGAUCACGACCGGAACCUUGACAUGCUGGCAGAAGCAUACGAUGAGGUGAUGGUUCGGAUUAACCAACAGGGCGAAAACUACAAACGCAUAGCCCACCAAGUAUUAUCUUGGGUAUGUUAUGCAAACAGGGAGCUCUACGUGAGAGAACUCCAGGCCGCCAUAGCUGUACGAGAGGACGAAUUCGACGUUGAUGAAGACGAUUUAUCCGACAUAAGCCUCUUGCUCUCAGUAUGUUGUGGGAUAGUCGUACUUGGCAAGGCAACCAAAACCAUACAGUUGGUUCACUACACGGCGCAGGACUACUUUUUCCACAAACAGGAGGACUGGUUUCCUGAUGUGCACUCCUAUCUCGCUAAGCAAUGCAUCAACUACCUGUCACUGGAGAAAUUCAAGGAUGGACUGCCUGUCCCUGCAGAUGCCAACACUAAGUGGCUGCCAAUUUGUACCGACGAAACCGUAAUUCAACUGAUGAAAGCGGGCUCAAGUCCUCGCUACCACCUGGAAAUUACACCUGGCUGGUAUGCCCUUUAUGAGUAUGCGGCAGUGUCCUGGGGUCAUCAUGUACGUAGAGCCACGAUAUCAGCUUCGAAUGUGGAUCAAACAGCAGUCAACUUUCUCCACAGCGAAAAGAAGAUCAACGCGGCAAUAAAAGUACAACUUGAGACACGCGGCCCUCAUCGGUUUCCACAACGUGGCAGCAUGAACAACAACUUAUCAAUCAAUGGAUUGCACCUGGCUGCGUUUUGUGGCCUUGAUCGAGUUAUUCAAUUGUUGUUAGCCACUUUUGAAGUCAAUUCACAGGACAACAACGGUCGAACUGCUCUUAGUUGGGCAUCACAGGCCGGCUGGUCUACUGCUGUGAAGCGACUACUCUUAGCAGAUGCCGAUUUUGAUGUCGUGGAUGGCCGUGGACGCACGCCGCUUCAUUUAGCUGCUAGAUCCAACCACGUCGAAGUCGUACAACUGCUUAUUGAUAACGGUGUUAAUAUUGACGCUAUUGACUCUGACGGAUGCACGCCGCUACAUUCCGCUGCGGAAUUCAACCAGGUCGAAGUCGUACAACUACUUAUUGACGCCGGUGUUGAUAUUGAUACACCUGAUUCCAAUGGAAAUACGGCAUUAGACCAUGCUGCCAAGUUUAAUUAUGUUAAAGUCAUACGACUGCUAAUUGAUGCCGGUGUUAAUAUUGACGCUAUUGACUCUCAUGGACGCACGCCGCUACAUUCCGCUGCGAGAUUCAACCAGGUCGAAGUCCUACAACUGCUUAUUGACGCCGGUGUUAAUAUUGAUACACUUGAUUCCAAUGGAAAUACGGCACUACAUCAUGCUGCUCACUCUCGUUGCAUCAAAGUCAUACCGCUGCUCCUUAAUGCCGGUAUUGAUACUCACAUAGCCAACUCCAACGGAGUAAUGGCUCUGCACUAUGCUGCUCAGUCUCACCGCGUUAAAGUCAUACAACUGUUUAUCGAUGCCGGUAUGAAUAUUCAUACAGCUGACUCCAACAGAAAUACAGCUCUACACUAUGCUGCUCAAACUAAUAACAUCGAAGUUAUGCAAGUGCUUAUUGAUGCCGAUCUUAAUGUCGAUGCAGUUGACUCCAAUGGAGAUACUGCUCUUCAUCAUGCUGCUCAAACUAAUAACAUCGAAGUUAUGCAAGUGCUUAUUGAUGCCGAUGUUAAUGUCGAUGCAGUUGACUCCAAUGGAGAUACGGCUCUUCAUCAUGCUGCUCGGUUAGGUCAUGACAAGAUUGUCCACCAACUGUUAACAAACACGGCAAGCUUUGAUAUAAGUAACAAUAGUGGUAAGCUUCCGCUUAACAUAGCUGUACGGAAAGGCAUUAGGUCAAUCUACGAAACCUUUUGUAAUGCAGGGGCAAAUCUCAGUUGUGUUGGCAAAGACAGGCGUACUGUGCUCAUGGAGGCAGUGGAUGUCGAUGAUGAGUCUCUUGUCGAAAGGCUUAUUGAACAGAAGGUCAAUUUGGAGGCUAAGGAUUGUCUGGGUCGCACUGCUCUGAUGGCAGCAUGCGAAAGAGGCAACUCAAGAGUUGUCAAUUUGCUUCUGCAGCAUAAUGCCAGGCUGGAUGUUCAAGAUGGCAGAGGCCGGACUGCAUUGAUGAAAGCAAUUGAGAAAUCGCAAGCAGAGGUUGUUGCACAGCUAUUACAAGCCAACUCAGUGCGAAAAGACGCCUGCAUGAAACCAGAUGACUACGGAGCCGCUCUGGGCUUUGAACUCUCCGGAGGCACACAACGGCUUGCCGUUUUUGUCAACAUAUCAAGCAAAUCAUGA